CAGGGCGCCAUAACCUUCAAAAUAGAAACUAAUUUUCCAAGUAAACAGAGAGAGAGAGAGAGAGAGAGAGAGAGAGAGACAGAAAGAGAUAGCGAGGGGCUUUUAACAGGAGCCACAGGAAUAAAAGGCAGUGAGAUCUCAGCGAGUGGUGUGGAACGUCUGGAAAGAGUCAGUGCUGGGUUGGUCACCAUGGGUGGUGUAACGGGACCAGUUUUCCUGUGGCUGCAAGUUGUGUUGGGGGUAACUCUCCACAGAGCCCGUCGGACUUUACUGCAGGCUGCCAUCCUCUUCUGCGUUUUAGCGCUGCUGGUCUGGGUGGCCGUCUUCCUCUAUGGUAGCUUCUACUACUCCUAUAUGCCCACCGUCAGCUUCUCUACACCAGUGCACUACCACUACAGUUCCGACUGUGAUGCUACCAAUUCAGUCCUCUGCUCUUUCCCUGUGGCUAACAUCUCACUGCUGAAGAAUGGCAAAGACCAGGUUAUGAUCUAUGGUCAGCCAUAUCGAAUCUCUUUAGAGCUGGAAAUGCCUGAGUCGCUUGUCAACAAACAGCUUGGCAUGUUCAUGAUUAAGAUGUCUUGCUACACCAACGAUGACCAGACAGUUGCAGCUGUGGUGCGCUCUGCUAUGCUGCACUACCGCUCUGGUCUUCUGCAGACCUUGAAUACUCUACUGUUCUCUCCUCUCCUGCUGACUGGGAUGACGGAGCAGAAGCAGCUCGUUGAGGUUGAGCUCUUCUCAGACUACAAGGCCAAUUCUUAUCAACCCACUGUUGGCGCUGUCAUUGAGAUUCAGUCUCGGCGGGUGCAGGUCUAUUCAGCUCAGCUCAGGAUCCAUGCUUUCUUCACUGGCAUCAGAUACCUCCUGUACAAUUUCCCGGUGAUGUCUGCAGUGAUAGGUGUGGCCAGCAACUUUGCCUUCCUCAGUGUCAUUGUGCUCUUUGGAUACCUGCAGUUUAUAUGGGGGGGACUUUGGCCUCCCGAGCAGGUCAGGGUUAUGAUGGGAGACACGACUCGCAUGCAGUGGAGAAGAGAAGAGGCUCGGAAGCGCAUGUCCUUCUCACAAACUAAAAUUCCUCAGAAAGACAAUGAUCAUGUUGCUGAGCAGUUGGAAGAACCUAGACAAGAAGCAUCAGUAAUACAGAAAGGAAGGUGAACUCACAGAAGUCUGAGAUUUCCCAGUUCCGAG